UUUUAAUUGAAUGCACUUGCAUCCAUCUUGUGUGAAAAAUUCUAAUCAAGGCGUGCAGGAAUUCGUUAAAAUUCAUUUAUCAUCACUUAAACUUAACUAAAUUGCAUCAUCUAUAAGUAAUAACUUACAUAAAACAUCAAAAAUCUAUAUCAAAGGAAUAUAUUUUUCCGAAACAUUUUAAGGUUAAAUAUCAUGAAUGACCCCAAGAAGGAAGAUUUAAAAGAAAAUCAUAUAUGGUGUCAGGUCUGUGGCACUACUAGUAAAGUAGUUAUGGCGCCUAAACAAAUAUUGGAUGAUAUAGCGGAUAUGAAGGAAUAUAUAAAAAAUCUUCCUAAAGGAAAAAACUAAUCCUUUUGUCAUAAAAAUUUUCUAGGAAUAAUAAAGUUAUGUAUUACUCCACUUGAAGAAUUCACGCUUUGAUGAUCUUUUGUUAAUUUAAAAUAAAACAAAUAGGUAGGAAGAUAUUGAAUUCUUUA